UAUGCUGAGUAUGUGAUGGCUGCAAGACAUCAUCAUAGAUCAAUUAUUUGGCAGGUUUUGUUGGAUUGUGGAGCUGUACAGGCAGAUGCUCUGACUGUGGAUCGACUUGCCUCUUUGGAGAAGUAUUCUCAAACAGCUGUGGUUCCUCGGGAUUCUAUUCUGGCGACAGAAGUAGAGUGGCUGAACUCCAUCAAGGCCGAUUUAGUGGUUUCAGAUGUCGUUCCUGUUGCAUGCCGAGCUGCAGCAGAUGCUGGAAUUCGCUCUGUUUGUGUAACAAACUUCAGCUGGGACUUCAUCUAUGCUGAGUAUGUGAUGGCUGCAGGACAUCAUCAUAGAUCAAUUAUUUGGCAGAUUGCUGAAGAUUAUUCUCAUUGUGAGUUCCUAAUCCGCCUUCCAGGAUAUUGCCCAAUGCCUGCUUUUCGUGAUGUUAUUGAUGUGCCCAUUGUUGUCAGGAGGUUGCACAAAUCCCGAGCAGAGGUUAGGGAGGAGCUUGGAAUUGGGGAUGAUGUGAAAUUAGUUAUUUUCAAUUUUGGUGGACAGCCAGCAGGCUGGAAUUUAAAGAAGGAAUUUUUACCUGAUGGUUGGUUGUGCCUGGUUUGUGGUGCAUCGGAGGACCAAGUAGUUCCUACAAAUUUUAUAAAGCUUGCAAAGGAUGUGUAUACUCCUGAUCUAAUGGCAGCAUCUGACUGCAUGCUUGGAAAAAUUGGCUAUGGCACAGUCAGCGAAGCACUGGCAUACAAGUUGCCAUUUGUCUUUGUUCGGAGAGAUUAUUUCAACGAGGAACCAUUUUUGAGAAACAUGCUUGAGUAUUACCAAGGUGGUGUUGAGAUGAUUAGGAGAGAUUUGCUUACUGGACGCUGGAAACCUUACCUUGAACGUGCUUUGAGUUUGAAGCCCUGCUAUGAGGGAGGCAUUAAUGGUGGCGAGCUGGCUGCUCGCAUACUACAGGAUACAGCUGUUGGCAAAAAUUAUGCUUCAGACAAGCUUAGUGGAGUACGGAGAUUACGUGAUGCCAUAGUACUUGGAUAUCAACUACAAAGAGUACCUGGCAGAGACAUUAGCAUACCAGAGUGGUAUCCACUUGCUGAAAAUGAACGCAUAGCAAUGCCGAGUGUUGAAAUGCGUCAGGAAAGCUCUCUUGCGAAGUCAUUUGCUGAAGACUUUGAGAUUCUUCAAGGAGAUCUUCAUGGCCUUCCAGAUACAUUGAGUUUCUUAAACAGCUUGGCGGAACUAAGUAAGGUACAGGAUCCAGGAAAGAAUACCGAAAAGCGUUGGAUUAGGGAGCAAAUUGCUGCGGCUGGAAUUUUUAACUGGGAGGAGGAGAUCUAUGUAGCAAGAGCACCUGGGAGGUUGGAUGUAAUGGGAGGCAUUGCAGAUUACUCCGGAAGCCUUGUAUUACAGAUGCCUAUUAGAGAAGCCUGCCAUGUUGCUGUUCAGAGUAUUCAUCCAAGCAAUCAAAAACUAUGGAAACAUGCCCAAGCUCGGCAGCUUGCUAAAGGGAAAGAAUCAACUCCGGUGCUACAAAUUGUAUCAUAUGGAUCAGAAAUAAGUAAUCGUGGACCAACUUUUGACAUGGACCUCUCUGAUUUGAUGGAUGGUGACGAGCCUUUAUCUUAUGAAAAGGCAAACAAAUUUUUUGCCCAAGAUCCAUCCCAAAAGUGGGCAGCAUAUGUUGCUGGAACUAUCCUUGUUUUGAUGGCUGAGCUGGGAGUUCGUUUUGAUAAUAGUAUUAGUAUGCUGGUUUCUUCUGCAGUUCCAGAAGGCAAAGGUGUAUCUUCUUCUGCGUCAGUGGAGGUUGCUAGCAUGUCUGCAUUAGCUGCUGCUCAUGGAUUGAACAUCAACCCGAGAGAUCUUGCAUUGCUUUGUCAAAAGGUGGAGAAUCAUGUUGUUGGUGCCCCUUGUGGUGUAAUGGAUCAGAUGACAUCAGCAUGUGGUGAAGCCAACAGACUUCUUGCAAUGAUCUGCCAGCCUGCUGAAGUAAUAGGCCUUGUUGACAUUCCUCCUCAUGUACGAUUUUGGGGCAUUGAUUCUGGAAUAAGACACAGUGUUGGCGGGACAGACUAUGGAUCUGUGAGGAUUGGUGCCUUUAUGGGUCGAAAAAUGAUAAAGUCUAUGGCAUCUUCAUUGCUGUCCCCUUCAUCGUCAACUGAUUAUUCUCACCAGCUAGUAGAUAGUAAUGGGAUUGAUGAAUUUGAAGAGGGUGGUGUUGAACUUGUUGAAGCUGAAGCUUCAUUGGAUUACUUGUGUAACCUUCCGCCUCAUAGAUAUGAAUCUGUCUAUGCAAGGAGGCUUCCUGAGUCGAUGCUUGGUGAGACAUUCCUUCAGAAAUACAACGAUCACAAUGACUCAGUCACAGUAAUUGAUCAAUGGCGCAGUUAUGGAGUGAAAGCGCCAGCUCAACAUCCUAUCUAUGAAAAUUUCCGUGUCAAGGCCUUUAAAUCGCUUCUAACGGCUCAAAGUUCACAAGAGCAACUUACCUCCCUUGGAGAACUCAUGUAUCAGUGCCAUUACAGCUAUAGUGCUUGUGGACUGGGUACUGAUGGAACAGAUAGGCUAGUACAACUAGUACAGGAAAUGCAGCACAGUAAAAUAUCCAAAUCUGAAAAUGGAACCUUGUUUGGGGCAAAGAUCACUGGUGGAGGCUCGGGUGGAACGGUUUGUGUUAUUGGAAGGAACUGCCUGCGGAGCAGUGAACAAAUUUUUGAGAUUCAGCAAAGAUACAAAAAUGCUACAGGCUAUAUGCCAUUUCUUUUUGAGGGCUCUUCACCAGGUGCUGGAAAAUUUGGGUACCUGAAAAUCCGCCGUAGAUUUUCUCCUGACGAAAGCUAAGAUGUGAGAUUUAUUAACAAGAGUAUUAGUAGUCCUAAUUAUUGAGGUUAUUCAUCCAAAAGGAAAAUAUAUAUCUGUAAUUUUAUUUUAAUUACUAGGUAGUUAUCUUUUUAUUUUUCCCUUAUCCCUUGGUAAUAACGGUUUCUCUUCUAGGCAGUUGGUAACUGCUUCUAGGAAUCAUUACUCAAUUGUACCCACUCCCUGGAAUUUCUUGGAAGUGCUACUAUAUAUACCAUAUUGACUAAAUAAGAUCAGAAUAUACACCUAUUUAUUUAGUAUA